AAUUUUUAGAAUGAACGCUAAGUGUUUGAUUAUUUUCCUCAGAGAAAUGGAAUCACUGCCGGAUGCUCUUGUCCAAUCCAUUUUAUCCCUACUGAGCAAUGCUAAAGAUGUAGCAUCUUGCAAAUGUGUUUCCAAGAGAUGGAAGGAUUCAUUACCAUAUCUGCGGAGCCUAUUCUUUUCUCGAAAUCUUUUCGACAACCUAACAAACGGAGACACACCCGAUGCAAUCAUCACUCGAAUCCUUCUGUCAAUUGUCAAGCUAGAGGAGCUCGUUGUUUACUGCCCGUUUUCGAGCGCCGGCCUUGCCUCGUGGCUAUCCAUAGCGGGUCCCACGUUGAAAAACCUCGAGCUUCGAUUGGAUAACAUAACCGAUGACAACACAUUUACCGAAAUACCCUCAAAGUUGGAUUGUAUUCGUGCUGCUUGGAAUUUGGAGUCACUUAGAUUGUGGGGUGUUUUAAUGAUCUAUUCUCCGAAAUGGAAUGGUUUUCAUAGACUCAAGAAUCUUGAAAUAGUUGGUGCUAGGUUGGAGGACCGUGCCCUUCACGACGCACUUCGUGCUUGUCCUAAUUUGACCCACCUUUUGCUUCGCGGUUGUGAUGGGCUUAGGUCUAUUACGAUAGAGAAUCCUCUUCUUGAGGAUUGUAAGCUCGAUUUUUACGGUGACUGCCUGCUUACGAUAAAUUCGACGUGUCUUGAAUCUCUUGAAAUACAGGGUUGUAGGUUGAUCAGGGUUCUCGAAACUCAGUUCUUGAAAAAUCUAUCCAUUGCCAAUACUGCAGGACGAGUUCAAAUGGUGGAUUUUGGGAAACUUGUGGCGUUGGAGAAAUUGGAUAUCAGAGGAGUGCAGUGGUGUUGGGAUGCAAUAAGCAAGAUGCUUCGAAUGGCGAGUGAAGUGAAGCAACUUGUAAUGAAGGUGGAAUUCACCGGUGAUUGGGACACGCUUUUACCCUUUCCCGAAGUUGAUUUUGUCGACUUCUUUAACAGCCACCCGAAGCUGCAAACCUUUGAGAUGCACGGUGCCAUUUUUGCUGCUCUUUGUCAAAAGAACAGCCUAAAAAACGUGGAUUCGAAAUUUUCGAUCCCGUGUCUUGAAAACGUCGUUGUCACAGUAAGAUCACCGUUAAAUGCUGAACAGAAAAUGACUACACUGAAAUCGUUGAUAAAGUACGCGAAGAGUUUAAAGAAGAUGUCGAUAAGGAUUCUUCAGAUGAAGAGCAACCAUAGCAGCGCAGAUGAUUUCUUCGAAGACAUUUGCAAGUUUAGACACAGGAACUACAAGAUUGUUUCUAUAGAAUAGAGAUUUUUAAUUUUUUUUUCUUUUUCUUCUUUCACUUAUUUCUCCCAUUUGGAAUAAUUUAUUGAUUGCUAGGGUUCAUCCUUUAGAGGGAACUAAUUAUUAUUUCUUGAUGUUUCUUGCAUCAAUUUUUCUUCAUAGUUGAAAAAUGACAAACCUUAUCAAGAUUUGUGUUUUGUAGUGAAAGAUUUUCUUUUACCAGCU